AUGGUCACUGAGCUAUGGGAGAAGUUCAGUGGUGAUGCAGGUGUAGUGGCGCUCUCGCAAGACUAUGUCACAGGCAAGAUGUUGCCCCAUGCUCUUCGAUUUCCUUGGGACGAAGACAAAGGCGUUUAUUUGUUGCAGGGCUUCCACAAUCUCCACUGUCUCCGCACGUUGUUUCGCUACGUGAUGUAUGCGGAGCAGAAGCUGCCUCAGCACAUUGCCCUCGUCCACGCCUUGCACUGUCUUGAUCAGUUGCGGCAAGACGUGAUAUGCAAUGCUGACGAUACCCCGCGCUACGCUGGCUUCCAGGCACCUGGCACGGGGGCCGGACAGGUCAGGUUGUGUAGGGAUUGGGGAAGUCUGGAGAAGUGGGCUCUAGAGCGGACGGCCUGCUUCAAGCACGAAGAUGAAGUUCCCGGGCCGAUGAUUGAACGAUUCAAGUCGUGCCCCGACGGACGUGUGCUUUGGCCGGUCGAGACAGCAGGUGCAUAA